AUGUUUGAUUGUAAACCGCAUUACAUCAAUAUACUUCCUCACUUCAAUGGGAGGUCUAAUGAUGAGCCGUAUACACAUUUGGAGGAGUUUUCAUCCAUUUGUAACACAAUCGGGGGGCACAACUUCGCAUUAGAGGAGGUUAAGCUUCGUUUGUUCCAAUUUCCGUUGAAAGAUAAGGCAAAGCAAUGGUUUCUCACACUUCCGGCGAAUAGCAUUCGGAUAUGGGGUGAGAUGCAACAAGUCUUUCUAGACGAAUACUAUUCGAUGGCGAAGACCGAUGACGCUAGGGAUGAGAUAAAGUCGUUUCGGCAACUAUCGAGUGAACCGUUACAUGAAGCGUUCACUCGAUUUAAAGAAUUGAUGCGGAGAUGCCCACAUCACCAAAUAGAAAAGUGGGAGUUGGUGAAGUGUUUUGUACGUGGGUUGGAUGACACGACAUGGAAUCGCCUCGAGUCGACAAGUAACGGGACUCUUUUGAGCAAUCAUGAAGAUGACGAUUGGGAGUUUCUUGAACGGAUGAGCAAACGGUCAAAGGAAAAGGAGUCGGCCGAUAAUGCGGUCCAAUUCGCGGGGUGUGAGGAUUGUGGAGAUAUUGGCCAUAGGACCGAUCAAUGUCCAACGGGGCCGGGUGAGUACACCGAGGAAGUAAAUCAAGUGUUCGGGGAUCGAAAGAAUAAUGACAUGAAUUCAAACACUUACAAUCCUAGACUGAGAAACCAUCCCAACUUCCGAUUUGGGAAUGUCGCGAAUCAAAUGAACCCGAACUUUCAACCGGGUAAUCAAAGCGGGUCAUCAUAUCAAAAUCGCUAA